CUGUCUCUGUGUCUACCGUCUCCAUCAGUAUGAACCUGCCGCUUCUUCUGCUGUGUGUCCUCCUGGAGCUCCUCGUGGUGAGCUGUCAGGAUCUGGUCCAGGCCCGUAUCGUGGGUGGAUACGUCCCGGUGCCGUACUCCAUCAAGUACAUCGUGUCCAUUCAGAGCGCUACGGGCCAGCACUUUUGUGGCGGGACCUUAAUUAACAAAUACUGGGUGCUGACCGCAGCACACUGCAAUAUAGGGGAGGCAAACAUGAGAAUCGUGGCUGGAGAUUAUUCUGUGGGAAUAUAUGAGGGGACGGAGCAGUUUCGCAGGCCUCAUGUUUUAAUACCUCACCCGCAGUACAACAGAGCCACCAAUAACGCAGACAUCAUGCUCAUUAAGCUGCAGUCUCCCGUCUAUCUGAACAGCUACGUGUCUCUUGCGCCGCUGCCUCGGCAGGACGCCCAGGUGUCCGUGGGUCGCGUGUGCAGGGUGUCCGGCUGGGGCUUCACCACUCCGACGGGAGGAAUCCCUGCAACGCUGCAGACGGUGAAGCUGCCCAUAGUGUCCACCGCAGUGUGUAACAGCACAGACUCUUUUAAUGGAAACAUCACGGAGAAUAUGAUCUGUGCGGGAUACAGCGCGGGAGGAAAAGACGCGUGUAAGGGGGACUCUGGAGGGCCGCUGGUGUGCGAGGGCCGCGUGUACGGCAUCGUCUCCUGGGGGAAUGGCUGUGCUGAUGCCCAGUACCCUGGCGUCUACACAUCCGUCUCGAGGUUUCGCCAAUGGAUCGAUGGAACUAUAUUUGGCUUUUAUGGAAGGUGCCUCAAGUAUUAGACUGCAGUGUUACCCCAGCACUCCCCUAAUCGAGCUUGAAACAGCCUCGAAACAUGCCAACUUGUACAUGAAUAGUGUUGCUAUUUCUAUUUGAAAAGUUAGAGAACUUUGUUUUUUAGAUGAGUACACUGCUGUUCUGAAACAGCACAUCUGCUCCUCAACGGCUGGUAGGCUUUUUUUAAUGGUAGUUUGUGCAAACUGUUUCUUAAAUGUGCCAUAAUGCUG